AUGCGCCUCAUCCGAUCUUGGGGAACGGCUCUGUCCGUUCUACUCCCCCUGGCGAAUCUCGUUUCGGGUAUCAAAGUCUUCCGGUCGACCUCGUUGGAAGUAUGCCAGGAUGAUUCGGCCGUCACGGCCAGUCUCUUUAACGUCGUCUUUACGCCAGACAACCAGACCUUAUCGGUCAAGGUCAAGGCCGAGUCGACAGUGAGCGGAAAUGUGACCUUCAAAAUCAACGCCGCUGCAUACGGCUACACCUUCCUCAGGCAGACUUUGGAUCCCUGUACAUACGAAGGCCUGACUACACUGUGUCCGCUGGAACAGGUAGAAAUCGGAUUCGACGAAGUCUUCUCCAACAUAUCGACAAGUCUAAUUGGCGAUAUUCCCGGCGUGGCAUAUACGAUUCCAGAUCUCGAUGCUGUCAUCACCGUGAACAUGUAUCAGACCAGCGAUUUGAAGAAAAGUUUGGCGUGCCUGAAGAUCCGCCUUUCGAAUGGAAAGACGGUAGACCAGCUCGGGGUCAAAUGGGCCACGGCAGUUAUUGCUAUCAUAGGACUCUUGGCUUCUGCGAUUGUUUCCGGUCUGGGACAUACGAAUACUGCCGCCCAUGUCUCUCUCUAUGCAGCAGCGCUCUUUAGCUAUUUUCAGAAUAUUGGAAUCAUCGGGCUGACCGCCGUGCACCUUCCGCCUAUCGUUCUGGCCUGGACCCAGGAUUUCGUUUGGUCGUUGGGAGUGAUCCGGGUCACUUUUCUACAGCGAUUCGCGACAUGGUACGUGCGGGCCACGGGAGGAAAACCGACAAGCAUUUUGACAACGCUCGGCACCAAGUCCGUUCAAGUGGCGAAGCGAGGCUUGGUCGACGAUAACAGCCUCGUCGAGGCAGCACACUCGCUCUACAAACGAACACAAAAUGUCGAUUCUGCGACAGGCGGCGCGUAUAUCGUGUCUGGGAUCCAGCGCGUGGCGUUUCUCGCACCCAUGGAACCCACCAACCUGUUCCUCACCUGCGUAACUUUUUACUGCAUCUUCGUCCUCUUCACGCUUCUCGUCAUCUGGCUCUUCCGCUUCUUCUGCGACCUGGCCAUCAAGGCUAAGUGGAUGGAGUCGCAAAACAAUCGCUUCCAAGACUUCCACGACAACUGGCGCAUCAUGAUGAAAGGCACCAUCUUCCGCCUGAUCUUGAUUGGCUACCCACCUCUGAUGAUUUUCUCACUUUGGGAAUUUACUGUAGUCGAUUCGCCAGCGGAAGUGGUGCUAGCCAUCCUCUUCUUCUUCGGCAUGAGCGGCGCCCUGGGUCUCGCCGCCUUCCACGUUAUCACGCUCGCUAGACGGUCGACUCAUCAACACAACACACCCGCCUACCUCCUCUACACCAGCGCCAUAACCCUUAAAAAAUGGGGCUUCCUGUUCAUCCAGUUCCGCGCCUCAGCCUACUGGUAUAUUGUACCAAUCCUAUCUUACAUCCUCAUCAAAGCGUUCUUUAUCGGGCUGGCCCAAGGAUCAGGCCUCACGCAAGCCAUCGCGCUCAUCAUCAUUGAAGCCGCAGCCCUGAUCGGUGUCUCCGUUAUCAAACCGUACAUGGACAAGACUUCCAACACGAUGGGGAUCGCCUUGUGCGCAGUGCAAUUUCUGAACGCAAUCUUCCUCCUUAUCUUCACAGAUGUAUUUGAUGGGCCUGGUCUCCUGAUCGGAGUUGUUGGGGUAGUGUUCUUCUUCAUCAACAUCAUAUUCUCUCUGGUCCUGCUGAUCAUUGUUCUCGUCGCCUCUACGCUCUCGAUUAUCCGCUCCAAUCCUGAGACUCGCUAUCAGCCGAUGUCUGACAACCGCGGUUCGUUCAUCAAGUCUCAAACAACGCUCACAACGGAGCUCGACAUGCUUGCUGCGACGGCCAGGGGAGCGGGGGAUUUGGACUAUAACAAGGAAGCGAAGGGUAUGAGUCCGGUGUCGCGAAUCGAUACGGGGCAUGGCUCGCACAUCAGCGAUCCAAAACUGAGCCCCUUUAGAGACGAGCACGCCCUACGAAACGAGGAGGUGGGCUGGAGGCCGCCGACGGCGCCAUCGCGGACUGUGACACCAAGCCUCAGCACGAACACGCGGCGGCUGAGCUCAGGGAGUGACGCUAGAUCUUUUCGGCGGUAG